AUGUCGAUGCCGCAGAGUAGUAUAUGCCGCAUUUGGUUUCCGCCGCGACCCUUGGGUUUUUCUUCCUAUAAAGGAAGCUCCUUGAAGUUGAAGCACAUCCAUCCGCAUCCAUCAUCACCACCGACCUCUCGCCUAUUCAUGAUUAACCCUUAUUCCUCCAAACCUAACUGCGCCUUCGAAGUUGAAGACUUGAAUAUCGUACAGAUCUAUCUUAAAGCCCACUUCGACAUCAUCCAUAUACGAGAAUUAUUUGGCUGUUGGGGGAAAAUUUUCGGCAAAAGCUCCACGAUUUUAAAGGAGAGUAAAGCUAAAACAAAAGCUGCGGUCUUUAAAGAUUUGAACAUGUAA